AUCUCUUUCUAGUCUCAGUAACCAUCCAGUUGAUACUUCUAAAAUGUACGUGCGAGUGGAUUAUAUAUUUUUUUUUAUUUUAGCAUUUUUUAUCAUAAGGGUAUUAAGCUCUGAAAUAUUAGACAAUGAGUUAAAUGUAAAUGACAUCCUGCGGACAGAUUUGAUGCCUACAUACUUCAUGAUGAGCGGAGAGAAUCAGGAUCAUGUUGAUGUAAGUGACACCAAAGUACAAGACGGAGCUAACAAUGGAUCAAUAGAUGCCGCUUUAUCAACCCUCUCCUUUCACAGACAAAUGAUGAACGAGUAUCAUUGUCGUAAUUAUGUUGCUGAACAAAUCUUGGAAGAGAUGGGCAAAAAUGCAUUACAAAGUCGACUUGGUAAACCUUUUGGCACCGAUGGGAAAGAAACUGCAUCAAUAACUAGACACACUCAAGAUAUCAGAAAUAACUUGAUGUAUGAUAUUGGCUCUGCUAAUUACCAGGAAUGGCUAACUAAAGUAGCAGCCCUCAACAAUGAAUAUCGUUAUAAUAAUACAGUGAUGUCCAUUAAUUCCUUUGGAAACAAUUCAAAACAAAUAUCCACGCCCAUAAAUCCUCUACUUCAAUAUUCUCAACCUCGAGACGGUUAUGAGGUAUUUGAGGCUGGUGAAGGGACAACUUAUGUAGAUCCGGAGGAACCUAUUCAAGAAGUAUCUAAAUAUAGUGGAGGAUAUGAAUACUCAAUGCCUCCACCUCCUCCUCCCCUUUACCACCACCCUCCUCCUCAAGUACACGUAGAGGAUACCAGUGAAGAACGAGAAAAACAUGGUCUUGGAAUAUCCGAACUCUUUGAGAUUUCUCUAACUGGCAUCGCAUUCUUGUCCUUCGCCAUGUUCGUGCUUCAAGUACUUAUGUGUAUUACUAUGAAUCCGGAGCAACCACAAAUUAUGCAAAUGGUAGAUAACACAGGCGACUCUUUGAACAUGGAGGAAAUCUUUCGAUUCAAACGCAACAGUGAAACUGAUGAGAGCUCUAAGCGGAGUAAUGUAUCGGCCGUAAAUAAUAUAGCACGAUACGCACUUCUUGUUCUCAAACCUCGCUCUACACCAUGUUUAUACAGGGCUUUGUGUUUGGGGAACAAACGAGCAAGAGAUCUUCGUAACAAUAGUCGUUACUGGCUACCUGUUUGGUAUGCAGGCGUGGCGUGGACUCGUGGUGGAGCGUUGGGGGCACUUCGUGCCGCUGCAUUGGGUCUAGGCGGCGUUGAAUGCGACGUCUUUUAUCCGCCCGCACAUUGCCAAUAAUCUGCAUCAUGCAAGCACUUAUAUUUAUUGUAAUUAAGAUAUUUCUCACCUAUAUUUUUUAUGUGAACACAUAUAAGUGUAAACUGUUGUUAUGAUAUAAGAUAUAAAUACAAUGGCUGGUGCAACCUAGAAAAAACGUCGAGAUUACUCUAGGCAAAUAUUUUACAUGUAUUAAAAUAAGAAGCGUUAAUUUCCCUCUCUUAUUAACCUAUAAAUCUAGUGUAGAAGUAUUGAUCUGUAUUUCAGUUUUGAAUAUAUAGUUAGUUAAAUCUAAGUUUUUGUUUGAACUCCACUUACACUUACAAUAAUGUAACUCAAAGCAUCAAAAAUUUGCCUAUUAAAGUUUAUACAAAAUA